AUGGCGCUGCUUCUGCUGAGCCUGGGGCUGGACCUGGUCUGCGCCCAGGAUUUCAACCCCCGGCGCAUCGUGCAGAGGAACUAUGAUGUUUCCAAGGUCUCUGGGACCUGGUACUCCAUCUCCAUGGCCGCAGACAACAGGAAGCGGAUAGAGGAGGACGGAGACCUGAGGAUCUUCAUAGAGAGCAUUCAAGUCGUAGAGGACGGUGGUCUCAAGCUCAGUUUCCACUUCAUGUUGCAUGCAGAGUGCACGAACGUGGCCAUGGUCUGUGGCAAAACAGGCAAGAACGGGGAAUACACCAUCAACUACCUGGGGGAGAACAGCCUGCGGAUCCUGGAGGCCGACUACCAGCGUUACGUCAUAUUGCACAUGCAGAGCUCCAGGAACCGGACGGCCUCACAAGUGCUGGCGCUCUACGGACGGUUCCCAGAGCUGAAGUCCAGCUUCCUGGACAGAUUCGACAAAGCCUGCAAAUCACACGGACUUGGCCCAGAAAAGAUCAUCCGCUUCAGCAACCAGGAUCCCUGUUACGCGAGGUCGAGGUACCCAUCCAGACCUUCUGGUGCGUGA